AUGGCAAGCAAUCUAGCUGCCUCUCUUGGAGCAACAGUGACCAUGAGUUCAGUCUACAGUUCUGAUUUUGUUGCUGCAAAGGCUAUAGAUGGCAAUCCAAAAGAUGUUACUGGACAGACACUUGAUGGUUACGAUUGUGCUGCUACAACAUCCUCUUCGAAUCCUUGGCUUCGAGUCGACUUGCAAAUGGAAUAUCUUGUGUCACGCGUUAGAGCUAUCCUUAUAGAUGAUAAAGGUGAAAAUGUGUAUGUUCAUGUUGGUAACAGCAUAACAAACAAUGGGAAUGACAACCACAAUUGUGGAAAGGCUCCAUAUGACAGCUCUAAUCAUUUGGAUGCAAUAUGGCGAGAUGUUAGCUGCCAUCCACCAGUUUGGGGGAGAUACAUUAAUUUACAGAGAAUAGUGACAAAUCACAUUCUUCAUGUAUGUGAGGUGGCUUUCAACUAUGGUUAG